UUGGAGAAAGUCCAGAGAAGAGCAACAAAAAUGAUUAAAGGCUGCAGCAUGACAUCCGUGUUUUGCGCCGGAUCAGCCCAUCCUUCUGUGGGACAGGGAAGGGAAAUGGCUGCAAGGGAGGCAGUUCAGGCGCCAGUGACCUUCGAGGAGGUGGCCGUGUAUGUCACCAAGGAAGAGUGGGCUCUGCUGGACCCCGCUCAGAGAGCCCUCUACAGAGACGUCAUGCAGGAGAACUAUGAGAAUGUGACCUCGCUGGGGUUUGCAGCUUCCAAACCUGCUGUGAUCGCCCAUCUGGAACGAGGGGACGAGCCGUGGCUUCUAGAGCUCCAGGGCUCUGAGGAAAGAGAGAUCCUGGGAGCCACCUGCCAAAGUGGCAAGUUGGUGAGUGAGAAAGAGGAGCAGAAUCCUCAAAUGCCACCACGUGCGGCCAGAUCCCAAGGGAAUGUGUCCUGCAAUCAUGAGCAGGGAAAAUCCUGUGAGUAUCAGUGCAAGUCAGAGAAGGGGCAGGAAAACCAGUCAAGGGAGAAAGUUGGUAAAUCUGUUAAUUAUCAGGGAACUCAGAAGGGUCUCAAGGAAACCAGAGCCCAGCAGAGCAUCCCGGCGGGAGAGAGAAAUAACACAUGCUCUGAGUGUGGGAAAAACUUCCACAGCCACUCACACCUUAUUAGACAUGAGAGAAUCCAUAGCGGAGAGAGACCCUACGAAUGCUGUGAGUGUGGGAAAAGCUUCACUCAGCGCGCGCACCUUCUUACACAUCGGAGACUCCACACAGAAGAGAGCCCCUUUGAAUGCCAUCAGUGCGGAAAAAGCUUCAAGGAGAGAUCAAACCUUCUUACACAUCAAAGAAUCCACACAGGGGAGAGACCCUACGAAUGCUGUGAGUGCGGGAAAAACUUCAGUCAUCGCUCAGCCCUCGUUGUACAUCAGAGGAUCCAUACAGGAGAGAGACCCUACAGAUGCUGUGACUGCGAGAAGAACUUCAGUUCCCAGUCAGACCUUAUUAAACAUCAUAGAAUCCACACCGGGGAGAAACCCUAUGAGUGCAGUGAGUGUGGGGAAAACUUCACCCAGAGUUCUGCCCUUAUUACACAUCAGAGGAUCCACACAGGGGAGAGACCCUUUGCAUGCUGUGAGUGCGGGAAAACCUUCAGUCAUAGCUCUGCCCUUGUUACCCAUCAAAGGAUCCAUACAGGAGAAAGACCUUACAGAUGCUGUGACUGCGGGAAAAACUUCAUUUACUGCUCAGACCUUAUUAAACAUCAGAGGAUCCACACAGGGGAGAGACCCUAUGAAUGUUGCGAGUGUGGGAAAACCUUCACUCUGAGCUCACACCUUAUUGCACAUCAGAGGAUCCACACAGGGGACAGACCCUAUGCAUGCUGUGAAUGUGGAAAAACCUUCAGUCAGAGCUCACACCUUAUUAAACAUCAAAGGAUCCACACAAGAGAGAGACCCUAGGAAUGCUCUGAGUGUGGGAAGUGCUUCCAUCAUAGCUCAGCCCUUAUCAUCAGAGAAGCUGCAAGGGAGAGAAACACCGUAACAAAAUUGUCUAAGGCAGAGAAAAGGUUUUUUUCACCCUUUUACACUUUUCUGUUUCCCACAUUCUGAACGUUAAGGCUGUUUGCAGCAUUUGCGUCACCGUGGUCUCUCAGCUUCCUCAGCUGAAUUGCCCUCUCUUCCCUUUGGCCGCUCACCCUUCCUUAAGGUGAAUCCCAUGGUCCUAUUUAUCAACUCUUAGGCCAUGGAAAUGUGUCCGCCUCCGACACGAAUAUCCAUCAGCUCCAGGUGGGGAAAACGGGUGACCGGAACUAGCUACAUUGAGGUUAAAUCUACCUGGACUUUGUCCCCGUUAUGAUUUUCCAUGGAGUUAGCUAGCGAGCGUUAGCUAUCCAGAUGUAAAAGACAACUAUUCUUGCACUAAAAAAAAUAGUCCACAGAUAGUCA